AUGGAGCAUUAUUCUGGUUGCAGAUCUCCAUGCGCUACUCUGGGUGAUCAUUAUUUUAGUUCACAAUCUGAUCCUCCACUCUCUGGCUGCUUCUCGUGCAAAGGCAACUACUUGGAAGCAGAUCGUCAGUAUAAAUAUUGUCCGACAUGCAAAUUGGAAUACCACUUUGAAUGUUACAAGUAUGCGCCGGAGAUUAGACAUCCUUUUCACCUCUCCCACCCUCUCAAGUUCAUCUUCAAAAAUCCCCAUUCUUCCGAUAGUUCUAAUUUGGACGAUGGUGUCUCGAUAUCCGAAGGAAGUUAUGGAAAAUGCAAUUGUUGUCGGAAGCGUCUCUCUGAGGUAUAUUAUCAUUGUUCCAUAUGCGAUUAUAGUAUAAACGCUACGUGUGCACGACACGCAAUAACUCUCACUAUGGCAAACCUGAAAAGACAUGAGCACGCUCUCAACCUCUUUCCUGGACGUCUGCCUUUGCCUUGUAAUGCUUGUGGGCUAUCUCUUGACAAAAUCAAGGAUCAUGCAUACACUUGUUUCCCUUGCAGCUACAUGGUUCAUCGAAAAUGUAUCGACUUGCCUCGUGUCAUUAAGAUCACCCGUCACGCACACCGUCUAUCUUACUCUUCCUCCCUUCCUUCGGGCGAGUUCCUUUGUGGAGUUUGCCGCCAAACGGUCGACGUUAGUUAUGGGCAAUACUCAUGCUCUAAAGGAUGUCAUUAUGCUGUCCACUCGAAAUGUGCAACGAGAAAAGACGUGUGGGACGGAAAAGAUCUUGAAGGAGUGCCUGAAGAGCCUGAUGAGGUUAUUGAACCAUUUGAGCAAAUAGAUGAGGAGACAAUACAACAUUUCACCCAUGAGCAUUAUCUAAAGUUGCAGAGAGAUGACUGUCCUCGCGAUCAAGAUUAUAAGUUUUGUCAAGCUUGCAACCUUGCAAUAACAAAUUCUGAUGGUUUCUACAGUUGUAGCUCUAUGCAGUGUGAUUUCAUUCUUCACGAGACAUGUGCAUCCCUUCCUAUCAAAAAACACCAUCCCCUACACAAGCAUCCACUUACACUCUUCCAACCAUUCCCUCCUAAGCCCCACCACCAAUGGUUUGAAAUGUUUCCCAAAGGUAUCUUUGCAUGCAAUGGUUGUAACCGAGGAAGUUGUGGUUUUGUGUACAAAUGCUUCGAAGACGAAUGUGAAUUUCAACUAGACGUAAGGUGUGCUUCCCUUCCUGAUCCUUUAAUCCAUGGGAGCCAUCCACAUGAUCACCCCCUUUAUUUCAACCUGACCAAGGAUAAAUGCAUGGCUUGUGGGGACGGUGAAUGUGGAGAGUAUGCCUUAGAAUGUAUUAAAUGCAAGUUAUUUUUGGGGCUUUAUUGUGCUACUAUACCUUGGGUGGCUCACUACAAGUACGAUAAGCAUCAACUCAUUCUUCGUUACGGUGAAGAAGAGACAACAAGUCUCAACUAUUGGUGCGAGAAAUGUGAAACAAAAUUAGAUGCAAAGACAUGGUUUUAUGCAUGCGAUGAUUGCAACGUCACUCUCCAUCGAGAAUGCUUAUUGGGGGCAAGUGUCUACAUGAAGCCCAACCAUAACAUCAGAGCAUGGGGUGCUGAGGCUGAAAUUACUCGCAACAAUGGCAAUUCUCGACCACUCUGCGAUGGAUGUGGUAUUCUCUGCGUAGAUACUUUGGUUUACAAGGCAGAAGUUGGAUAUUGUUGUAGUUUCCGCUGUGUUAAACUUUCAUCAGACCGAAAGAUGCUUUGGUCUUGAAGUUGCUAAAUGAUAGAAUUUAAGAACCGAACCGGGGAUUGUAUAACCA